CUAAGGCCAAAGUGCACGCCAUCUUGACCCGGGUCCCUCUUCCCCCUCCCCCUCCCCACUCUUCCCCCUCCACGAUGUCCGACUUUACCGACGUUGAUCGUUGGAUUGACCAGCUGAGCCGCUGCGAGAAGCUCUCGGAGUCCGACAUCCGCAAGCUUGUCGAGAUGGCCCGCGAGGUUCUCAGCAAGGAGGAGAACGUCCAGCAGGUUAACUGCCCGGUCACCGUUUGCGGCGAUAUCCACGGCCAGUUCCACGACCUUCAGGAGCUCUUCCGCAUUGGUGGCGAGCUCCCCAACACCAACUACCUGUUCAUGGGUGACUAUGUCGACCGCGGGUACUACUCGGUCGAGACGGUUACCCUGCUGGUGGCCCUCAAGCUGCGCUACCGCCACCGCAUCACCAUUCUGCGCGGAAACCACGAGUCCCGCCAGAUUACCCAGGUCUACGGUUUCUACGAUGAGUGUCUGCGCAAGUAUGGCAACGCCAACGUGUGGAAGAUGUUCACCGACCUCUUUGACUAUCUUCCCCUGACGGCGCUCAUUGAGAACCAGAUUUUCUGUCUCCAUGGCGGUCUCUCGCCUUCGGUCGACACCCUGGACCACAUCCGGCUGGUGAACCGUGUCAUUGAAGUCCCCCAUGAGGGUGCCAUGUGUGACCUCCUCUGGUCCGAUCCGGAUGACCGCCUCGGCUGGGGCAUCUCCCCCCGUGGUGCCGGCUACACCUUCGGCCAGGAUGUCUCCGAGCAGUUCAACCACAACAACGGCCUGACCCUGAUUGCCCGCGCCCAUCAGCUUGUCAUGGAGGGCUACAACUGGUGCCACGAGCGCAAGGUGGUCACCAUCUUCAGUGCCCCCAACUACUGCUACCGCUGUAACAACCAGGCCGCCAUCAUGGAGAUCGACGAGCACCUGAAGUACACCUUCCUCCAGUUCGAUCCGGCCCCCCGCCGCGGCGAGCCUCACGUCUCGCGCAAGACUCCGGACUACUUCCUCUGAUCGUGUGCCAUCCCCCCCCCCCUCUUCCGGGGCGAUGCCAGCCUUGUGCUUGUCUUGCCGUUCCACACGCGGCCCAUUGUGGCACCGCUCGUCUUCCCAUGGCGACCGCGGCCUGAUGGUGAUGCCCCGUUCCCGGUGAGAAUGGCAUGGUUGGCAUUUCUGCGACGAGAAGGGGCAGGCAUGCCUCGUGCGCGCGCGCCAUGCGCCACGCGUCGCGCGCAUAUGCGUAGAAAAGCGCGAAGGGGAGGGAGAGGGGUCGCGAGCAGCGGGCGGGGGCGUGCACAUGCAUCCCCCCCCUCCCCCCCCCCCCUCCCCUCUUUCUCUGGCCUCAUGCCCCCGCUUUUUAUCCCUUCUGUGCAAAUGCGCACGCACGCGCAUGCUGGGGCUGUUUUCUUUUUUUGCCGCCCAUGCCUCCUCCUCGUCCUCCCCCCUCCCUGGGUACAUGGCCCUCCUUUUCCUCGCCUGAUGGCCUGUGUAUCUCUCAUACGCGCCUUCACAGUAUGCAUGCCACGCCUCCUCCAGCCUCCCCUCCUCUCUCCAGGGGGGGGGGGGGGAGCUGUGUAUGCUGGUUCGUCGAGAAAAAGGGGCAAUGCCCCAGCGGCUGUAGCUUAUUUUGCACUCUUUCAGAACCCGUGAACUGUUUUCUUGUGCUCAGAAACAGCCCCAACACUGUGUGUAUAUUUGGAUUGUCCACUCAGUUACAGGGAUCUAUUCACCCACCAGUGUCUUGACAUUGCGCCUCCUUCUCUUCCUCCUUCCCCUCCCUCCCUCCCUCCCUUCCCUUGUGCGUAUGCAGCAGCAGCGCGGUGCCCUCCAAGCCCUUGUUGCGCGCGCCGGCCCGCUGCUGCCUACUACCCCCCUUCCUGCCUUCUCUCCCCCCAGACACAAUAAAAAAAACAUACAUACACAUA